CUCCCGCGCCGGCCCCGCCGCUCCCCGCGCCCGGCGCCAUCGUUCCGCAUCGGGCCGUGACGAGCGAGCGGCGCGGCCAUGAUCUGCCUGGUGCUGGGCGUCUUCGCCAGCCUCUUCCAGAGCGCCUGCAGUGAGGCGACCGAGCGCACCUUCGUGGCCAUCAAACCAGACGGGGUCCAGCGGCACCUGGUCGGGGAGAUCAUCCGGCGCUUCGAGAGGAAGGGCCUGCAGCUGGUGGGGAUGAAGCUCCUGCAGGCCUCGGAGGAGCUGCUGAAGGAGCACUACAUCGCCCUCCGUGACCGGCCCUUCUACAGCCGGCUGGUGAAGUACAUGAGCUCGGGGCCCGUGGUGGCCAUGGUCUGGCAGGGUCUGGAUGUGGUCAAGACCGUCCGCACGAUGAUUGGAGAGACCAACCCAGCUGAGUCCAGGCCUGGCACCAUCCGGGGGGACUUCUGCGUCGAAGUCAGCAAGAACGUGAUCCAUGGCAGUGACUCGGUGGAGAGCGCCCGGCAGGAGAUCGCGCUGUGGUUCCGGCCGGAGGAGCUGAGCUGCUGGCAGGACACGGCCCACCACUGGCUCUACGCCUGAGCAGCAGCCUGAGGGGAGGCAGCACGGCACAGGGCGCUGCCAGCACCGCUGCCUGGGGGUCCUGCUGAGCUGGUGGGGGCUGGGCUGGGCUGGGGGGAGGGGUGAAAGGGUCCUGGGAGCUGGGCUGGGGCUGUAGCUGCAGCUCAGCUCCCUGCAGCCGUAGCUGUUUUCUCUCUCUGCUCUAGUAAGUAGUUGAUAUUGUUGCUCUGUUUGCUGCAGCACCUUAAAUCCCAAGUAGCUCCGUGUGAUUCUGCUGAAGUGCAAGGUGGGCUCUGUGCCUGGCUGGGGCUGUGCUCACAGCUGCCUGGCACAGCAGGAUGUGUGCUCCUUGCUGCCAGCUCUGGCCACCACAAGGUGAUGUGAUAAAUGUCACUCACCUGCCUUUCUAGAAGGUUUUUCACCAAAGGCUUUGAAAGAAUUGGGCUGCUCUGGGAUAAGGGGGAAAAAUCCCUCCUGGGGUAAGAGCUCAUUCCAAGACAAGGAAGGACAGGACAAACUGCUUGCUGUCCCUUGGUAGGAGCUCUGCGUGCCAGGGCUGGCACAAGUCCACCCAUCUGAGAUGGGAUUAGCAAAUCCAUGGAAGGAAGCUUCACCAAAUGCUGUUACAUGCACAGUUUCUCUGGCUCAGGUUCCUGGCUGCGUGCUGGGAGUGGGGAAGCAGCUUCUCCUUGGUUCUCUGUGGGUCUCUGCUGCUGGCUGCGUGCCCCCUGGGCUGAGCUGGGGUGGCUGGUCUCACACCAUCCCUCUGUGGUGACUGACAGCAGCACUGCAAACCACAGGAACACAACAGGGAAGAGUUUGUAGAUCUGGGGCUCCAGAAGGACCGGGAGGAGUGUUUUGUCCUCUCUUGCUCGCUGCAAGCUGUGGAGUCAUGGCACUGGGCUCCUGAGGCACUCCUUGUCUGAGAGCAGUGUCCCUGCCAGGGGGCUGCUGAGCUGUCCAGGCCUGGACACAACCUUGAACCUGCCGGGAGCUCUCCCUGGGCCACGAAGCUCCUCUGGGCUGUGCCACAGGUGCUCUCCCUCAGCCCUCACUGGAGCGCUGGGGCCGCCGCCAUGGCCCUGCCCCUGCCAGGGGCCUUCUCAAACUGCUCGAGUUUGAUCCUGGAAGCGCCCCGUUCGCAGUUUGGAUAAUAAAGGCUGGAGCCUC